AUGUAACAUUUUGUAACUGGAAUAUUUCAAUCUUUUAGCAUGUGUGGCCUCAGGAAUAAGCUAGUUCAUAUGCUUGCCUUUCGUCCGCCUUAAGCCACAUAUGAACUUAGAUUGAGGGAGCAGAAGAAAUAGAGGGUUAAUAAGAAAUAGCGAUACUACUCAUUCGAUGACAGUGGGUACUUCAACUUGUAAAACAAUUCGGAAUAAUAAUUGACACUAACAAAUGAUUAAUAAUAUUUGCAUAGGAGAAGAAAGACAGUGAGGAAUCCUGAAUUAUAUCCGGAAUAUGAUUUCAUCAAAAUACCGAAUAAGAAAAUACAUUUGGAUGAAGAAAUAGUAGUGAGAUCUGAUACAUGCAAAGUAACAUCAUAUUUUCUGAACCAAAACAAUAAUUAACAAAUAGCAUCAGUGCAUUUGGAUAGGAAUAGUGAUUACGUAAUAUUGUUCAGUCAUGGCAAUGCCUGCGAUUUGGGAACCAUGAUCGACAAAUUGAUUAAACUCGUGUCCUACACCAAAACCAACGUUUUUGCAUACGAGUAUAGUGGGUAUGGUCAAAGCGAAGGAAAGAUCAAUGAUCUAAGCAUUAUUCGCAAUAUCCAAGUGGCCUACAACUUCCUGAUCCAUCAAUUAGGAUAUAAACCAACACAAAUAAUCGUUUAUGGUUACAGCAUUGGUUCAGGCCCUAGUGUAACAUUAUCAUCCAAUCCGUAAUUCCCAAUAGGUGGCUUGAUUAUUGAGAGUGGAUUCAGUUCUGGAUUGAGAGUCAUUAGUAAUAAAAUAGAGGACACUCCUUACUAUGAUAUAUUCCCGAAUAUCGAUCGGAUCUAAUUCAUCAGAUGCCCUAUAUUUAUUAUGCAUGGGGCAAAUGACAAGAUUAUUUCCGAUGAUCAUGCAAAACAACUAGCCCAGAAAUCAAGCAACUUGUAUGAGUUGUGGAUUCCUGAUAAUGUUGGGCAUUCAGGUAUUGAUACUGACAUUCAGUAUCGGAAAAGUUACUUUUAGAAAUUGAAAGAAUUUAUUGAUUAUAUUGCCUUAUAAAAUGACAACAUUCCUGAUCUAAUUAAUAAGAAUACUGCCAAAUCACAUGAGGUUACAUAAUGUAAACAUUAUUAUUAAACUAAAUUAUUCUGA